CCAGUUUCCUGCUUUAGAUUGCUCGGCCAAUGAGUAGAAGAUGGACGAAGAGAAAAAAUGGCGAUAGUUUUUGUUAUUAGUCCAUUAAACCAUUGGUUUCCUUCGAAGGAAAUCCCGCGAUGAGGACGAGAAGUAACUCCAUAGUACGCCUAGACUGGUAUCAUCAUCUUGUAACCCGUACCAUCCUAGAUUUCCAGGACCCAGUUACUGGUCUCCUACCUCCACGUAUAAAAUGGAACAGUGAAGAUCACUUUUCAGGGAAGCAUCCUAAACAUGCAUGGGUGCGUGACAAUGUCUAUAGCAUUCUUGCAGUGUGGGCUCUUGCACUGGCCUACCGCAAGAAUGCUGACAUGGAUGAAGAUCGUGCCAAAGCUUAUGAACUAACUCAGGCUGUGGUUAAGCUGAUGCGAGGUUUGUUGUCAUGUAUGAUGAGACAGGCCGAUAAAGUGGAGAGUUUCAAGACAACUCAGGGCAGAAAUGACUCACUCCAUGCCAAAUAUGACAUGACAACUGGUGAAACCUGUGUUAGUGAUCAUGACUGGGGUCACCUUCAAAUUGAUGCUACGUCACUUUACCUUCUCAUGCUAGCACAGAUGACUGCCUCUGGUAUUCAGAUAAUUUUCACUGUAGACGAAGUGGCAUUUAUACAGAACCUUGUGUUUUACAUUGAAAAAGCCCAUUCAAUACCAGAUUAUGGGAUUUGGGAAAGAGGAGAUAAACUGAAUCAUGGUAUGCCUGAACUGAAUGCAAGCUCAAUCGGAAUGGCUAAGGCUGCACUUGAGUCUCUAAAUGGGUUGGAUCUUUUUGGUCCAGAAGGAAGCCAAGCAUCUGUCAUUCAUGUUCUGCCUGAUGACAUACAGAAAUGCAAGGCUGUUCUACAGUCCAUGUUGCCAAGGGAAUCUAAUUCAAAAGAAACAGCUGCUUCUUUAUUAAGUGUCAUCAGCUUCCCAGCAUUUGCAAUAGAAGAUAAGGACAUUGUUGAUUUAACGAGAGAUGAAAUUAUCGACAAGCUGCAGGGUAAAUAUGGCCUCUGUAGAUUUCUAAGAGAUGGGUAUAAGACACCUGUUGAGGAUCCAUUCAGGUUGCACUAUGAACCUGCAGAGCUUGAGAUAUUUCAGCAUCUUGAAUGUGAAUGGCCACUUUUUUACACUUAUCUUAUCCUAGAUGGCCUUUACCUGGACCGACCAGAACAGAGUAAGAAGUACAGUGCUUUGCUUGACGAGUUGUUAUUCAAAGAUGAAUCAGGCCUCAUCCUGGUACCUGAACUCUACUAUGUCCCAAAAGAUAAGGUUGCAGAAGAAAAAGCUAAUCCCCAUAGUGUUGAAAGAACACGUGGUGAGUUUGCUCCUCACAUGUGGUCCCAGUCACUGUAUAUCGUAGCAUCCCUGUUACAAGAGAAAUUUAUAGCUCUUGGGGAGCUGGAUCCACUAAAUAGACGACACUCUACAGAGAAUCGUCCAGAUGUAGUGGUACAAGUGGCACUUUUAGCUGAAGAUGAGGCAAUCCGUGAGCUCCUUGUUGAGCUUGAAGUACCUGUACAGCUAAUCAGAGAAGUACAACCUAUCCAGAUCCUUCCUGCACAUGUUCUAGGGCAGAUAUAUCAACAGUUAGGAAAAUGUUCUCAGCUGAAUAUGAAAGGAAGGACAGUCUACAACAUUGGUGCCCUUGCUUCAAGUACCUUGUACAGGGUAGGAAAUGGUCUGUUUGUGUUCACUCCACAAUUCUUGGACUACCACCAGUUUUAUCUGUGUUUGGACAAUGAAUUCCUGGUGGACAGGCUGAAAUCUCUAGUGGGAUACCUAGGUGCAAAUUGGAGAUUGCUUGGAAGACCUACACUAACACUGAUUAUUACAAACUCUAUGAUGGAAGAGCUAUCGACGACAUCCUGUAUGGCAAAGCUUAUUGUGAGACUCCAAGGAGGCUACCUAUCAGGAGUACGGGUACGUUUGGGAUACCUGCAAGAUUUUAUGAGUACAUCCUGUAUAACAACACUUCAUUUUGCAAGAGACUAUAGAGAAAUAGACAUCAAAAGCCUGCAAAGAAAUCCUUCAAUGUCAAAAGACUUUUUGAGACGAAGCCAGUCUCGAGAUAGGACCCGUUCCUUCAAUAGUUCCACACCAGAAGGACCUAGAUUUUCUGAUGUCUCUGGUUCAAUCAAGAGAAGCAGAAGCAUCUCUAUUUAUUGUGACAAAGACAAUAUGGUUAUGGGAGCACCAUCAAGAAGAAGUGUGGCAGAAAUUCUCAAAAACGGGGCUCACUUAUACAGUUGGUCUACUACAAGUAAAAAUUCAGAUACAGAGCACAUGUGCUCCCCAGCCAAAAAAGAAACAUUUGAAGAAAGAGUAGCAAAUGGUUGGUCCCCGGCAAGAUCUCGGACAAUGUCACUUGACCUGGAGUCCAAGCAGUACAUCCAGAAACUAGAGGAGGCUGUGAAUAUCAAUGAUCAAGCAGACAUUUUACACUUCCUGUAUAACACAAAGGGUCCAGACUUUGAUACCAAUUUAUUCGGGGAUAGAGGAGCCACAGUACAAAAGUUGUUACUGGAACUUUAUGAAAAAGCAUGUGAAGUCAAGCUGUGGUCUCUGGUGAGGCACACUGCUGGGUUAUUGCAUAAAGAAGUUGAAGACUUAGCAGAUUGUUGUACAGAUUUACUAGUUCAUCAGAAACAAAUAACAAUAGGAAUACCCCAGGAUGGCCAAGAAGAGGUCAUUACCAGGCCCUUACCUUCCACUGAUUUGAAAAACCUCAUUUACAAAGUUUUUGGUGAAGACAUGAGUACAGGAGUAUUGACACAGGAACUACUAGUGUAUCUUGCAAUUUUUGUAAAAUCAGACCCAAAGCUGUUCAGUGAAAUGCUUAGGUUGAGAGUGGGUCUUAUUAUUGAAGUCAUGGUAGCUGAACUAGCAAGAUCUCUCGAUUGCACAGGUGAAGAUGCCGCUGAGUACUUCAUGAACCUCAGCCCUUUUGAAAUGAAGACACUGCUCUACCACAUCCUGAGUGGAAAAGAGUUUGGCAUCAGUGAUGGAUCAGUGCGCAAUAUUUCAGAGAAGCAGCUGUCAAUCAUCAAUAUCGAUCUUCCAAAGAGAGUUGGCAUGAGAAAACUUUCAGACGCCAUCAAGAAAAUGACUGCUGAGUCUAAACCUUCUAUGACUUUAAGUGGUGGUCGUCGUGGACUGACGCGACAGUUUGAAAAAACCGAUUUACAACCAUUGGCGCCACAAGAAACUGAAGAACCUAAAGGACCAGAACAACACGAGGUCGAGACACACCACGAUGGUGAUCGAGUAGGGAACUGGGUCAGGAGAAGAUGCCUUGAUGGAGCACUCAAUAGAGUCCCUGAAGCCUUUUAUCCUAACGUAUGGAAGGUCUUAGAAAAGUGUCAUUGGAUCACUAUCUACAAACACGCGCUUCCAUCUGCCAUGGUCCGUGAAAUGACUGCCAGAGAAAUCAAGUUCGCUCUGUGUGUGGAAGGAGCCCUGAACCGAAUACCCGAGCCCGAGUAUCGUCAACUGAUCGUCGAGGCCAUGAUGGUACUUGCGCUCGUUGUUGAGAGCUACCCUAACCAACCUUUAUGGGAUACUGUUGAUGUGGAUGACUUGGUAUAUGAAGGAUAUCAGAUUUACCUUAGAGAACAGGCUGCCAUACAUGGAGAUUCAACAGUGUGCUGUGCCCGUCCUCCUCAUGAACGUAUCAGUUGUGGAGGUGCAGGUGGAAUUUGUCGAUACUUCUACGAUACAGCUCCUAGUGGUCGCUAUGGAACAAUGACAUACUUCUCAAAGGCUGUGGCCAAGAAACUAAGUCAACUUCCCCACCAAAACGAAUGCGUACUCAGCUGAAUGAAAAAUCAACACAGCUUUGUCAAAUUGCGUAUGCAUGGCCGUCAAGUGACACAA